AUGGCGACAGAAGGCAUACAGUUCCCCAUGUCGCGAGACUUCGCCAGUCACACGAACGACCCAACACACGCUCGCCAAUCGUCGUCGUCCUCAGGGACCACCCUCGAUGCCGAAAAACCAGUACCACUCCACCGCGCGCCGACGGCCGAAGACAUGGUCAAUCUUCCUAUUCGCACGCUUUCGAACAACGCCAAUCUCAAUGAAUACAUACAAGAAACCAUUUCAGGGCAGAUGGUUCGCGAGGUUCGAUCCAACGCCGGCAAGGUUGAGAAGUACGACCUGGUCACUUUUACCAUCGACGACAAGGAAAACCCUAAGAAUUGGAGCAAGGCAUACAAGUGGUGGUGUACCAUGUGCGUCGCGGUAACAUGUUUUGUUGUUGCUUUCAACUCGGCAGUCGUCACAGCGGAUCUGGAGGGUGUCAGUGCGGAGUUUGGGGUUAGCGAAGAAGUGGCGCUGUUAACCAUCACACUUUUCGUGGUUGGAUUCGGUGUCGGACCAAUGGCCUUUGCUCCCGCGUCUGAGAUAUGGGGAAGGAGACCAGUAUAUGUUGUUACGCUUGCUUUGGCUGUUAUCUUCACCAUUCCCGGAGCAGUCGCGAAAAACAUCGCGACGUUGUUGGUAACGCGCUUCAUUGCCGGCGUGGCGUUCUCGGCACCCAUGACGCUCGUCGGAGGAACACUGGCGGAUAUGUGGAGAAAUGAGGAGAGAGGUGUUCCCAUGGCAGCCUUCAGCGCUGCCCCCUUCAUCGGUCCUGGUGUUGGACCUUUGGUUGGCGGUUAUCUCAGUCAAGCUGGCGGCUGGCGCUGGCUUUACUGGAUCCAACUCAUCCUUUCCGGCAUCGUCUGGGUCCUCAUCACAUUUACCGUACCGGAGACAUAUGCGCCUACGAUCCUGGCAAAGAGAGCGAAGAAGAUGCGCAAAGAUACCGGCGAGGACAAGUUUGUGACGGAACAGGAUCUCGACAUGCGCCCCUUCAGCCAGCGCCUUCAACUCUUCCUCCUACGACCUUUCCAGCUGCUCUUCCGCGAGCUCAUCGUCUUCUUGAUCUCGGUGUACAUGUCCGUUCUGUAUGGUCUUCUGUACAUGUUCUUCGUCGCAUACCCGAUUGUGUACCAGAAGGGCAAGGGCUGGAGCGCAGGAUCAACAGGUCUGAUGUUCAUCCCGCUCAUCUGCGGUGUCCUGAUUUCCGCUGCUUGCGCGCCACUUGUCAACAAGCACUACAUGAAGCUGUCGGAAAAGCACAACGGUCACCCACCAGCUGAAGCACGUCUAAUCCCUAUGAUGUUUUCAUGUUGGUUCAUCCCGAUUGGAGUCUUCAUCUUCGCAUGGACAAGCCAAAGAGAGACCCACUGGGCAGGUCCUGCGUUCGGUGGUGGCUCUGUGGGCUUCGGUUUCAUCUUCCUGUACAACUCGGCCAACAACUAUCUUGUCGAUUCGUACCAGCACCAGGCUGCGUCAGCGCUAGCGGCAAAGACGUUCCUGCGCAGCUUCUGGGGAGCAGGUGCUGUUUUGUUCACGAAUCAAAUGUACGACCGUUUGGGCGAUCAGUGGGCCAGUUCGCUCCUUGCCUUUAUCGGUCUGGCUUGUUGCGCAAUUCCUUUCGUCUUUUAUGUCUACGGUGCAAGGAUUCGGGCGCGUUCUCAUUACGCCUACAGUGAGGAGACGGGGAACAAGGAAGAGAAGCAGGGAGCAUAG